UCCGACGAUUCCAUCAUCCAUCGCAAUUCCCUCGGAACGCCCCAGGUUUCCUCACAAUUUUUGGACAUCACGAAACACCGUCAAGAUGAGCUUCGCUGCUCCUGCGCUGCCUCUCAAGGUAGUCAACACCGCCCGUCUGGUUUCCGUCACCCAACGCUGCCAGCGGAGGGUCUUAUCGUCGAAAGCGCAACGAACCAGACCGACUCCUAGUACUACACCUUUCCAACAAUCCCAAUAUGGCCUGCAUGCAAGAUUAUUCCACGCAACGGCAACGUCCUCGGCUAUCGCGGACCCCUACGCUACCCUCGGAGUGAACAAGAAUGCAUCUGCAGGUGAAAUCAAGAAGGCAUACUACGGCAUGGCGAAGAAAUACCAUCCGGAUACCAACAAAGACGCCUCCGCUAAGGAGAGAUUCGCCGCCGCACAAACCGCAUACGAGCUACUUUCCGAUGCCGACAAGAAGAAGGCAUAUGAUUCCUACGGCGCCGCCGCCUUCGACUCGAACGGCGGAUUCAACCCUGGAGCCGGGCCCGGUGCCGGCAGUCCUGGAGGCGGAAACCCAUUUGCAGGGUUCGGUGGAUUUGGCGGGUUUGGUGGGGGCGGGGCUCAGGGUGGUUUUGGUGGAGGUUUCCAGGGCGAUAUCAAUUUUGAGGAUUUGUUCAAUGCGUUUGGAGGUGGUGGUCGACGAGGACGGGGGGCCCGGGGAAAUCCAUUCCAGGAGGAGGUUCUCGUCGGAGACAACAUCGAGGUGCAGACCAACAUAUCCUUCAUGGACGCCGCCAAGGGUGUGAGCAAAGAUAUCCACAUCAAUCCGUUGGUCGAGUGCAAGACCUGUACCGGAAGCGGGUUGAAGAAGGGUGCGACGAGGUCGGAGUGUAAGAGCUGUGGUGGAACAGGUACCCGAGUGACAUCGAUGGGAGGAUUCCAUAUGCAAGCGACAUGUUCUUCCUGCGGUGGAUCGGGUGUUUCGAUACCGCGGGGAUCGUCUUGCGGCACCUGUCACGGAAACGGUGCGGUGCAGGAGAGGAAGACGAUAACCGUUGAUAUUCCAGGCGGAGUGGAAGACGGCAUGCGGCUCCGCGUCAGUGGUGAGGGAGAUUCUCCCCUUACAGGACAAGCCACAUCGUCGAACGCCAGAGGUGCAAAGGGAGACCUCUUCGUACUUAUCCGCGUCGCGACCGAUCCCAAGUUCAAGCGGGCAGGCAACGACAUCUUACAUACGGCCACGAUACCUUUGACCACCGCUGUGCUUGGAGGUGAGGUCAACAUCCCCACGCUGGACGGUGAGAUCAAGGUCAAGGUGCCUACCGGUUCAGGUACCGGCGACCGAAUCACGCUCUCUGGAAUGGGAAUGAAGGUUCUCAGCGGGCGUAGAAACGCAAAGGGUGAUAUGAAGGUUGAGUUCAAGGUGCAGAUGCCCAAGUAUCUCAGCGCCAAUCAGCGCACAAUCCUCGAAAUGCUCGCCGACGAAAUGAACGACAAGACGGCAAAACGCAUCAUGAACCUUGGACAGCAAAAGGACGGAAAUCCCGACUCUCACAAGAAUGAAGGCUUCCUAAAGUCUGCAUGGCAUAACAUCACUGGACAACACAAAAACAACGAAAAUGACGAUAACAAGAAGGACAGCGAGCCGAAGAAAGCAUCCGGAUCUGGAUCAUGAGCGAUCAUAUUUGAAGCAAAAUUUUGUUUUCCUUGGUCGUAUUGUACUGUACAAUCACACAUCUCCUGUCACAUCUGUACAAUAUCCAACAAUCUCGACAAAACCUGGCGCAUCGAAAAAGGUCUUUUGGAAAAGACUUUGGGCAUUUUAAGGCGUUGACCCAAGUAGAGAAUGUAUUUUAGAGAUAAUGAUGAACCUAUGACACUGGU